AUGUUUUCACUGCAACAUCCGGAAACAGAUGAAAGGUUCUUAGACUUGGAAUCAACUGUGGAAGAAGUCAUACAACUCUUGAGUGGCCUAAUGAAACCAACUGAGAGCGAGGUAAAUUGUAAGACUGAAGCCAGACCAACAGCGGAAAGUGUUACAGAGGAUAAUUUUAUGGUAACCAAGCGUGAGAAUCGUCCACCCUAUCCAGCUCGCAUGCGAAUUUGCACACUGAAGAAACUACAGGGAAAAGCUAAAGAAAAUCCAGAUCGGUUCACCUUUAUGCGUCAGGUGGAAGUGGAUCAAGAUGAGCGCUCUAAGGCCCGACUGGAACGGGAACGUAUAGCCCAGAAUUUUCGAAAAUUGGGUAAUGCCGAAUAUCGUAAAGCCAACUACAAUCAGGCCAUUCAUAUGUUUAACGAGGCCAUUGAGAAUAUCAACGAUAGCCCCAUUUUAUAUAUUAAUCGUGCUUUGUGUUACAUCAAGUUGGAAAAAUUCAAACGGGCCAUAGUUGAUUGCGAUUUUGUGUUGAACAAAUUGGAUGAGAAGAAUUUGAGGGCUUGGCUAUAUCGUGCCAUGGCCUAUAAACACUUAAAUGACGAGGCCAGUUUUGAGAACUGUGUGAAAUAUGCUAAGAAAUUUAAUUCGAAACAAUUGGAGUUUAUUGACUCAUUUGUGGAGAAAAUAAAUAAUUAG